UACCUGGAACGUGGUAAGAGACAAGUGCUACAGGUUGAUUCUUCUCCUGCACAAAGAAAAUGGGCUGUGAUCGGAACUGUGGGCUCAUUGCUGGAGCUGUAAUUGGUGCAGUCCUGGCUCUGUUUGGGGGUAUUCUCAUGCCAGUUGGAGACAUGCUUAUUGAGAAGACAAUCAAAAAGGAAGUAGUCCUUGAAGAAGGAACAAUUGCUUUCAAAAACUGGGUUAAAACAGGUACCACUGUGUACAGACAGUUUUGGAUCUUUGAUGUGCAAAAUCCAGAUGAAGUGGCGAAGAACAGUAGCAAAAUCAAAGUAAAACAGAGGGGUCCUUAUACAUACAGAGUUCGUUAUCUAGCCAAGGAGAAUAUAACUCAGGAUGUGGAGGACAGCACUGUCUCUUUUGUACAGCCCAAUGGAGCAAUCUUUGAGCCUUCACUGUCUGUUGGAACGGAGAAUGACACCUUCACAGUUCUCAAUCUGGCUGUGGCAGCUGCACCACAUAUAUACACAAACUCCUUUGUUCAAGUUGUGCUCAAUUCACUUAUCAAAAAGUCCAAAUCUUCAAUGUUCCAAACAAGAACCUUGAGAGAGCUGUUGUGGGGUUACAAGGAUCCAUUCUUGAGUUUGGUUCCAUACCCUAUUUCUACCACAGUUGGUGUCUUUUACCCUUACAAUGAUACUGUAGAUGGAGUUUAUAAAGUUUUCAAUGGAAAGGAUAACAUUAGCAAAGUUGCCAUAAUUGAUUCCUAUAAAGGAAAAAAGAAUUUGUCCUAUUGGCCAAGUUAUUGUGACAUGAUUAAUGGCACAGAUGCAGCCUCUUUCCCACCUUUUGUUGAGAAGUCUAGGACAUUGCGGUUUUUUUCCUCUGAUAUUUGCAGGUCCAUCUACGCUGUGUUUGAAUCUGAUAUUGACCUUAAAGGAAUCCCAGUGUACAGAUUUAUUCUUCCAGCCAAGGCCUUUGCAUCACCACUCCAGAAUCCAGAGAAUGAGUGUUUCUGCACUGAAAAGGUCAUCUCGAAUAACUGUACUUCAUAUGGUGUGCUAGACAUCAGCAAAUGCAAAGAGGGAAAACCUGUGUACAUUUCCCUUCCACAUUUCCUACAUGCAAGUCCUGAUAUUUCAGAACCUAUUGAAGGCUUAAAUCCAAAUGAAGAAGAGCACAGGACGUACUUGGAUGUGGAGCCUAUAACUGGAUUCACUCUACAAUUUGCAAAACGACUGCAGGUCAACAUACUGGUCAAGCCAGCCAGAAAAAUCGAAGCAUUAAAGAAUCUGAAGAGAAAUUAUAUUGUACCUAUACUUUGGCUUAAUGAGACUGGAACUAUUGGUGAUGAGAAAGCAGAAAUGUUCAGAAAUCAAGUGACUGGAAAAAUAAAGAUGCUUGGUCUAGUAGAAAUGGUCUUGCUUGGGCUUGGAGUGGUGAUGUUUGUUGCUUUUAUGAUUUCAUACUGUGCUUGCAGAUCCAAGAAUAGAAAAUAAGUAAUAAAUGAGACUACAUUUAAGCACCGGAUACAUAAAGAUUUUUGAUAAAAGACAAUCUACAAAUGAAUACUUAAUAUAUGCUUUGAUUUUACAAAAGACACCUAUCUUUAGUUAAAGAAAUGAUGGUGCGUGCUCUCUCUCUCGCUCCUUCUCUUCCUAUAUAUAUAUAUUUAUAUGAGUGUAUAUAUAUAUAUAUAUAUAUAUAUUCACUAAGCCAAAGCAUAUUUCAAAAGGAUUAAUGUGACACUAUAGCCUAUAUUUUUCAUAAAAUCCAGUACUUUGUAAAGUCCAUGAUUUAUAACCCUGAGUGGACUUCAGUUUCUAUAAAACCAAUUUUUUGUUUGGUUCUGAUUUAUUGUUGCACUCCAUGAUGGCAAAUUUCAAAAGUGUACAUUCUAAGCAAUUUUUCUUUUCCUUUUUUGAGGUGAGGGUGUCACCUUCAUAUACAGCAAAUGUACCUUGGGACUGUCAACAUAAAAUAUAUCAUAAGCAUGAAAUAUUUGGAAAGAUAUUUAAGAAUGGAAAAUGAACAACAGGCAUAUGAGUCAUUAACAAUAUAUUGUUUUUCUCUUUCAUGCUAGAGUCCUUGGUGCAACUAGGUCAGAUAUCACAGUGAUUUUUUUUUUUACUUCCUAACACUGAGCUCAUACAUUUUGUCUCUUGCCAUAAAAUGUACACUUUUUUUGCACACUUUUGCUCUUCUUAAAUAAAGUUAUCGUAUUAGGUCCUGCAUAGCUCUUUCAAAAACUGAGUAGGUUUUCCUCUUUCUGCUCUGCUAAACUAAUGCAACCUUAGAGAGUUGUUAUAGUAUGGAGAUGUAAAUGAUAAUAAAGGAAUUACUUUAAGGAAUAUUAUAAAAACUAGAAUGUACCUACAAUGUAUUUGUGGUAAUAUCUUCUGCUUUCAUAGUUACAAAAGAAAUGACUGGUUUCUAAUAUUAAAAGAUGUUGCUCUUUAUAUAUAAA